GGCACAAGAGUGCAAGGAUUCAUGUCAUAUUUUUUUCUUUAAUGAGUGCCGCUCAUCAGCGAAUUCUAAUCGACUAAUCGAUACCAAGAGACUAUGGUGCGCUGCCUCUUUAAGUUUAAACUGAAAGGUCUUGUUUCGAAAUCGCCAUUUCUCCUUCUGUCCGCAGAACAAGGCUGUGGCUUUCGGUUGCUUGUACUCACUUGUUUAAUUUCCUACACACGAUAGGGGGGAGCUGUUCUUUGUCACUGUUUUCUUUUUUCUUUUUUUUUUUUCCUCCCGACUCUAGUCUCAGAGAAGAAACGCACAAGACGGCAGCGGGUCAGACUAAGGUAGCCGGAUACCAAGAAGUAAUCGAUUAAAUUGAUUUACUUUUGAAAUAUAUCUGUUUGCAUUUAUGGUAGCCGGGCAGCAGCAUCAGGAAGUAGCUUUAGAUAAACACAAUCUUAGCCGACAAGCAAGCAGUUUAUAUACAGAAAAGCAAGUCGGAGUAAAUCCCUAGCUAAUUCCUUUCUGGGGGAUUUCAUUUCAUGGGGAUGUGUUCAAGACAAGAGAGGAUUCAGAAAGACAUCGACAUCGUAAUCCAGAGGUGCAAGGCGGAGAAAGACUGCCAGUUUUCAGAUUUCAGGUAUUCUGACUCAACAUUUACCUUCAGUUAUACAAGAGGACCCAAAAGUGUCUCCUAUGCAGUGCAUGUUUCUGAGGAUUAUCCAGAUAAUACAUAUGUAUCAAGUCCUGAAAAUGAAGAAGAUGGGUUAGUUACAACAGAUCCUAUUCCAGUGAUCUUCCAGAGAAUUGCUACAGACUUAAACAGGAACAUUGAUGUCACCAGUUGCUUAUCUGUCAAAGCAAAAUUUCAGAAUGAGAGAAACCAGGUAUCCAGACAUGAUAGCACAAUGGAUGAGGAUUCAGAAGGAGACAAUGAUUGUGAGGAGUUUUAUUAUGGAGGACAGGUGAACUAUGAUGGUGAGCUUCAUAAACAUCCACAGCUAGAUGCUGACCUUGUGGCAGUAAAAGACAUAUAUGGGACUAAUGCAGUAUCUCUCAGGGAAUAUGGUGCCAUUGAUGAUGUGGAUAUUGAUCUGCAUGUCGACGUCAGCUUCCUGGAUGAUGAAAUUGCCAAAGCAUGGGAAGUAAAGCGAACAGAGCCUGUUAUAGUGAGACUGCACUGUUCUCUUACUCAGUAUUUAAAUGGCACAGUACCAACAGUGGAUGUAUUACAAACAUCUACGAAGGAACGAUUUGGCCUGGGACAUCAGCUGAAAAAAAUUAUGCAAACGUUUGUUACACAGCAGUGGAAGCAACAGUAUGGAGAAAAAACUAAUGGUUUACAUAAAAAGCCAUCUGAGAAGAAGACAAAAUCUCCCCUUCAUAUAUUUUCAACUUUGCGAAGAUCACCAAGUUAUCCUCCACCUGGUUGUGGGAAAAAUAAGUCAAAGUUGAAAGCUGAACAGGAUGGACUGUCAAAGUCGCACAAGUUAUUAAGGAGAUCUUGCUCUAGUACCGUUAAGCCUGAAGAUGGUUGCACCUCCAAAUUUCACAAAACUCUUGGUCAUUCAUUGUCUAGUGAUCCCAGAGCUGAGCAGUCAGUGACGUUAAAGCCACAUAAACUUUUGAAUCAGUCCUGUCCAUCUAACGUCCGCCAAGAAGAAUGCUCCACAUUGAAGCCCCACAAACUGCUAAUAAGAUCAUGCUCUGGGGACCCUCGGUAUGAGCAUGCUAGCACAUUGAAGCCUCACAAGCUUCUAAGUAGGUCUUCCUCUAGUACAGUGAGGUUAGAAGAGUUAGAUGGACUGAAACAACACAGACUUCUCUGCCGAUCUUACUCAAGCACACCCAAGUCAGGCAAACCAGAUAUUUAUAAGGAGCCUACUGAAGAGUACAGAAGAUUAUCUCUUACCUCAGGGCUUAUUGGCAUCCUAACGCCAUCUUCAUCAUCUUCAUCACCAUCUUCGCAAAGCACUCUAAACUAUGAAGCAAAAUCAGUUCCAAGUCGAGAUCAAGGUUUUCUUGUUCAAAUAUUUAGGUAUGCUGAACAACGAAUCCCAGUUCUCAAUGAAUACUGUGUUGUGUGUGAUGAGCCUCACAUCUUUCAGAAUGGACCGAUGUUAAGGCCUGCUGUAUGUGAACGGGAAUUGUGUGUAUUUGCCUUCCAAACACUGGGUGUUAUGAAUGAAGCUGCAAAUGGUAUUGCUACAGGAGCGCAGGUGGUCGAUCUGUUAGUUUCAAUGUGCAGAUCUGCAUUGAUGUCGCCCAGAAAAGUUGUAAUUUUUGAGCCAUAUCCUUCUGUUGUGGAUCCCAGUGAUUCUCAAGCACUGGCCUUUAAUCCUCGGAAAAAGGAUUAUGAACGAGUAAUGAGAGCCCUGGAGAGUAUUACUUCCAUCAGAGAGAUGACACAGGCAUCUUACCCCGAGAUUAAGAAGCAGAUGGACAAACAGGAUCCUCUUGCACAUCCUCUGUUACAGUGGAUCAUUUCAAGUAACAGAUCCCAUAUUGUAAAGCUGCCAGUACAGAGGCAACUUAAAUUUAUGCAUACUGUGCACCAGUUUCUUCUGCUUAGCAGCCCUCCAGCCAAAGAAGCCAAUUUCCGAGCUGCCAAAAAUCUGUUUGGGAGCACAUUUGCAUUUCAUGGCUCACACAUCGAAAAUUGGCACUCAAUUUUAAGGAAUGGACUAGUAGUUGCAUCUCAUACAAGACUGCAGCUGCAUGGUGCAGUGUAUGGAAAUGGAAUUUACCUAAGUCCAUUGUCAAGCAUCUCAUUUGGUUACUCAGGGAUAAAUAAAAAACAUCUGAAGACAUCACCUAAGGAUGAGAACACUUCAAGCAGUAAAGCCAGUAAUGCAUUACAGCCACAGAAGAAAGGACAGCCUCUAUUUCUGCAAAGCCAACACUUGAAAUGUAUAGCCUUAUGUGAAGUGAUAACCUCACCUGAUCUACAAAAACAUGGUGACAUCUGGGUGGUUCCUAAUACUGAUCAUGUUUGCACAAGGUUCUUCUUUGUGUAUGAAGAUGGACAAGGUGGAGACACAAGCAUAAAUACACAAGAUACAAGCAUUCACAAAGAAAUAUUGCGUGUCAUUGGUAACCAGACUGCCACUGGCUAAAGGAAACCACCUGCUGCCACCUUCAGAAUUCAGUGUGCUUCUUCCCUGUUCAGUUUCAGAGCUGGAUUUUUGAACUGAAAGGGGAUAUUAAAAACAUUUUUUUGGGAACAUACACUAGGUUUAUUCCCCAGAGAAGCAACAUUGAUGGACACAUACACAACUAUUUCUUUUCUCUUCUCUGGACACUAAAAAAUGGUGAGGUUUAGUCAAUAAACUCAAUGGACUGCUUUACUUCUACACCUGCUAUGGUGCUUCUGUUGAAAAGCAACUAAAAGACAUUUUUCAGCCCUAACAGGUGUAAUGAUUACGUUUAUUUGUUGUUGUUUCUGUAAUGCCUUUAUGCUGUGUUCUUCAUGUAGAGCAUUUUUAACUAAUUUUAUAGUAUUGUGAGAAGCAUCUAGUCAGCAUUAUGAGAUAAUUUUUUCAUCAGGCAUUAAAUGUUCAUGAGUCAGAUUUUGUUCAUUCCUUCAUAUAAAUGAAGUAAGGCAGAAAAUGUUGUAGGCAUAUUUCUUAAACACAUAUAUCCCUACAUACUAGUGACUCUCAUGUUCUACAACAGUUUAGUUCACUUUUUCCUUCAAAACAGAACCCAUGAAUGAACAUCUAUAAUCAGAUUUUAACAAAAAGUUCCAGAAAUAGCAGGAAUUUACAAACAUUUUCUGUGUAGUGAAAACAUGGGGCUAUGAUGUUAGCAGGGUCUUAAUGUUUACAACUCAGAAUCCAUUUUUUGAUAGAGGGCCUUGAAAGAACUCAGUAAAUUGUGUUGUUAUUUCAGUGCUAUUAGUGGUUAUUUGAAAAAGAAAAAAAAAAACUAAAGCAGAAGCUUCUUCAUCAAGGGCAUCACUCCACAUCAGGAGUGGUCACACUGCAUACUUUGUAUGCACAAAUUUCUGCCUUAGUGUUUACAAUGACGUGCAAACUGAUUGAAUUAUGUUUAAUUCACAGUGGACUGCUUCUGUUUCCACAAUUACUGACAUCAGCCUGUAUCUGCUGACAUUUUCUUGCAAGUAGCUUUGAAAAAUCAGUAUUUCUACAAGUGCUUUAUAGUGUUUUUGAUUAACCCGGGCUAAUAGUAUGAAAGAUAAUUCUUUGUGGAAGCUAGAGUAGUUUAAACAGUGAUUAAAAGGCAUUAACUUAUACUCACAAGUAUCUUGCACUUGAGCAAACUCUUUUAACUAGGCUUACACUCGUCAUGAGGAAUAUAUUGAGUUUUCAUAGUUCAGAGACCUUCCCCAAAUACAUCAUGUUUUCUACUGCUACACUUAUGCUAUGCAUUAUACACAUAAGAUGUGGAUCAUUCCUAGGCUGAUAUGUUGUUUGCAGAGAAUUUGUAGGAGUAUUGAAGUGAGAAAGAUAUCUGAAAUAUAUACCUCACACCAACCUUCUGCCAGCAGUAUUGGAUCAGUGCUCAGAACCUCAAGACCUAUCCAUCAGAUAAAGAUUGUGGUCACAUUCAACUUCUUUUCCUCUUUGUAAUGGUGACUGGCACUGUUAGUACCCCCUCCUAUAUCCAUACAGGGGCCAAUAUGCAUUUUCCAGUUUUGCAUCCAAUGGAGCCCCUAGACCACCACCCCUUGCUCCCACUUUCAGUGAGAGUCUCUAGCCUUAUCAUCAUCCCUUCUAUUAACAAACAUUGUUUCCUACCUGUGUUCCCCUCCACUUGACAAUCAUUGCCCCCUUGCUUACCACAUCCUUCCCAUCCAGUCAUACUUCAGUGUCGACUGCCAUGGGGCAAUCAUCAUUAAUUUGCCCCCCCUCCUUCUACUGAUCUGACAAUAGCUGUCAUGCCUGUAGCCAAACAGAAAAGUAUAUUGCUUAAAAAAAAGUCAGCUAAGUCCAAGGACAUCAAAUUUCUGAGGAAGUUACAAUUUAAACAUUUGAUUGGCUAGUCCUGAUCAGAUGUGCUGGAAUAAAAUAUUAAUUGACCAGAUGACCAAAUACCCACGCAAAGAAUGCAGAAUGAGAAUUAAGUGUUCAUUUACACAAAAUGUUUAUGUUCUUAACAGUUAGAAUAACUUAAAAGUGUUCUUUUAUUUUCUAUCUGCUUUGGACCACAGCAGCAUGUUGACCAUCAGAUGUUCCCUGCAACUCCCCAUGACGUCAGCUGCCACAAGCGCAGUAUGCAUCCUAGAUUGGAUUUGUCCCUGAUGAGGCAAGACCUCAGGGCAGAGACUUCACAUUCCAUAAGCCACACAGGGAUGCUGAGGUGCUAUCCGUGUAGCUUCAUCCCUGGCAGUUACUAAGUGUUAUACCCUUACUUUCCCUCUCCCUGUUGGACAUGAUGCUUGUUACAGUAACUGCUGCAGUGAGUCCAGAAUGAAUGUGGCCUUCCACAUACCCCCCAGUGGAUUGUGUAGAUACUCCUGGCAAAACUAAUACUGUUGAGUCCAUUUAUACAAAAAAUGAACAUUCAGGACCCUCUUACAAUGGGUGCUCAUGUGGUGGGAUAUACUCAAUUUCCUCCCCUUUGAUGAAUAAGCUGGCAGAAACCAUUCAAUCCAUUCCCUACCUUUUCACUUCUCCACUGCCUUAGACACCAUUUAAACCCAGUUUACUUGGGCUACAGUCUAGACCUUAUCUUCAGCACCAUGGAACACUUCCAGCAUGGCUGUUUCUACUAAAUGCAUGUAAUUUUCUGGGUGGGAAUGAUACUGCUUUCCAAAAAAUAUUUUUGCAGAGCUUUACUGUUUUAAACUGACUUUCCCAGUGGCACAGAAAUGUGUUUUUAUUGUCUGUCUCUUUGUAAGCAAAAAACAUGUUUUGAGUACUACUUAUAGUAUUAUCAGACUUUGUAAGCCAAAACAGGUUAGAAAUGCUGUAAGACAGUUGGCAUUAGCAAUAGCUUUUCUUUUUAAUCUCAUUUCUACAACAGUAUAUUAUGCUAUUUUCUGAGUACAUUUUGUGGUUUGUUACACAGCAUUCAGCAAUGAACUCAUAGAACAUGUAACCUUCUUGGUCAUGUCACGUGCUACUUUCUGGCUUUCAGCCAACAAGUUUCUAACACAGUAUAUAUCUCUUUUUUUUGUAUUAUAAUCAGUUUUCUUUAUCUUCACCUAGCCCAAAUAAUUUUCAUUAUCUGGAAUUUUUCUGUGAUCCACAGUAUUAUAGUCCCUAAAGCCUUUAUCUGGAGACCCACAUCAGUGUUAUUUCUUUCCACUUGCACUCUUCCAUUCAAAUGUAAUAUAUUUUGCCCUCUCCCCAUAAAAAAGAGGCCUGCUUGUGUGUGACUUAAGAGAGCAGUAUAUUUUUUAUAAAGGAUACUCUUCUUGCAGAACACAGCACACAGAAUUAGUUAUAUCUGGAUUUGAGUCAAAGCACUAUGUCACUCUAAGGGCAAAAAUGAUUACUUGUGUGUUUAUUUUGAAUAAACAUAAAACUUUCAAUCA